CACGUGUUCUGGUUGUUGUCCUUUCUUGUGUUCCAUACAUCAACUAUCCCUGGGUCACACAACUUGCAGGAACAUCAAAACAACAUGUCCACAAAAGUAGCAGUGGUGACAGGGUCCAACAAAGGAAUAGGUUAUGCCAUUGUCAGAGGCCUAUGUAAAAUAUUUAAAGGCGAUGUCUUCCUAACAGCAAGAAACGAAGAGCUCGGCAAAAAGGCCAUUCAGAGCUUAAAUGAAGAGGGUUUUUCUCCAAAGUUCCAUCAACUUGAUAUCACCGACCAAGCAAGCAUUGAAAGAUUAAGAGACUUUUUGAAGAACACUUACGGUGGUUUAGACAUUCUGGUAAACAAUGCUGGAAUUGCUUACAAGAAUGCAUCUCCUGCCCCAUUUGCAGAGCAAGCUGAGGUAACAAACAAAACCAACUACUUUGGAACCAUCGCAGUAUGCGACGCACUUUUCCCCUUGUUGAGACCACAUGCAAGAGUAGUCCAUUUGUCAAGCAUGUCUAGCAGUUUUGCCAUUAGAAAAUGUAGUCCAGAAGUUCAAGCCAAAUUCCUGAAUCCAAAUAUCACGAUCGAAGAGUUGACAGCCUUGAUGAACGAUUUCAUUCAAGCAGCGAAAAAUGGCGAGCAUGAGAAGAAAGGUUACCCCAGCAGUGCUUAUGGCAUGUCUAAAGUUGGGAUCAGUGUCCUCACGCAUAUCCAACAACGCCAGCUUUCUGCUGAUUCUAGAGAAGACAUCAUUGUCAACGCUUGCUGUCCAGGGUAUGUAGAUACGGAUAUGACAUCCCACAAGGGUCCGAAAACCGUCGACGAGGGGGCAGAUACACCCAUUUAUCUGGCUCUCCUACCCGAAGGCACUAAGAGUCCUGCUGGAGAGUUUGUCGCUGAUCGCAAAGUUUAUAAGUUCAAUGAAUAUAAAAUGUGAAUGAUACAUGUAUGUAACAUAAAUAGUGUAUUCGAACCCAUGUUUACAUGCCAAAUCUAAAACAUUUGUUGAUUUUCGUGAUAUGGGCAUCUCAUUAGAUUUCCCACGUUAUAAUAGAUUCAUCAACGUUAACGUAUUCGAUGAAUAUAUCAAUAUGCUCUUUACACUAAUAUAAUAAGAAAUAGUUACUGCAUUUUGCUGCAUAAUCUUUGUAAUUUGUGUGUAUCUUCGUAAUUUACAUUAAAAUUUCUGUAACGCAGUAUAUAAUAUAUGUUUUUUUCUGUCUAUGAUGCUCAACAUCAGUCUUAUUAUAAAUUAUAAAAUGUUAAGUUGGAUAUGACAGCGGAUUUGUUGAUGCUAUCCAUUUUUAAUAAGGGAAUUUUGUUUACUGCUUUUAAGGUAUGAGACAUCUCCAUACUGUGGCGUACUUCCUAUUAAAAUAAUCAAAUAUG